AUGUUGAAACCUAAAUGUGUAUUUAUACUUGAUUGUACUUCUGAACUUUUUGUUUGGAUUGGGAAAAAAGCUAGUAGAUUAUUAAAAAUGGCUGGACAGAAAAUUGCAACAGAAUUUCAUCAAAUCAUAGAAAGACCAGAAUUUUGUACAAUUUGUCGUGAAAUAGAAGGAGAGGAAUCGACAGUUUUUCGUUCAAAAUUUUCUUCUUGGGAUGAUAUUGUGCCUUUUGAUUUUACAAUGACUGCAGAUACUGUUCAGAGAAGAGGGGCUGAUAUUAAGGUGAUAAUGGAAAGAGACAAAAUGAAGACAGAUUUGGUAGCCUUAUUUCUUGACCGUUUGCCAACUAUGCCACAUGAAGAAGCUGACCAAUUAAUUGAAGAUUUUAAUUUGGAUUUGGAAGUUAUUGAAUCCUUUGUUUUGGAAGGCAAAAAAUUCGUUCGACUCCCAAAAGAAGAAUUGGGUAUUUUCUAUACAAUGGAUUGCUAUGUUUUUCUAUGUCGUUAUUUUGAUUAUAAUGAAGAAUUGAGUGAAAAUGGAAGUAAAGGAAGUGUUGAGGGAGGAAAUGGAAGAGGAGAAGAAUCGGAAGAAGAGGAAAAAGAAGUUGAUUUUAAAUGUGUAGUCUAUUUUUGGCAAGGAAGGGAAGCAAGUAAUAUGGGAUGGUUAAAUUUUACUUUUUCUUUGAAGAGAAAAUUUGAAACCCUAUUUAAAGACAAGCUUGAAGUGGUUUGUUUGUAUUUUUAAUUUAAUUUUUUAAAUAAAUUAUAGUCCUUAAAAUGAAAAAGUUUACUAGUUGUGGUGGUGGUGUAAUGGUUAAGGUGUUAGAUUUUUGAGGGGAAUGGGUAAAGGUUCGAUUCCUUUUGUGGUCCUUGUGGUAUGAUUAGGCCUGGGUGGUCGGUUAAUAUUUCAGAAAAUUUUUUCAGAUUUUUUGGACAGUAAGAAAUAUUUUUAAAAUUUCUCCUGACCCAUCCCCUUGAAAA